CGAAUGGAACUUUAUAGGUGUACUCUACUGGGGUCACUGCGCAGAGCCCGAAACUGCAGAGCUUACGCGCCAGUACUCUAUCUUAAUUCUUACUAGUCUCACUACCACAACACACACAUUCUCCAUUCUUCUUCUUCUUCUUCUCUUCUUAUCUUUAUCCCUUUGUGUAAUAUUCACCACAUUUUUACUUUUUUCUUUUUCAAAAUCUCUCUUCUUCCAAAUUCCAAUUCCCUCUCUGCCAAGGCACUCAAUAAUGGCCAAAGCCAGACCUAUAUUAAUACUCUUCUUCUUUGUAGUCACAUUGUUUUUUGCUGCACAUGCGAUACAAGAAUCCAGAAGUGAAGUACUAGCACCACCUUAUCUUGAAAAGGUCACCAAAUUCUCUACCACUGAACCAGAUGACAUACUUACUUAUCAGGAUAGUAGUAAGGAAAAAAGGAAGAAGAAUGGUCCGAGGAGAUUGAUGAUCGGAUCAACAGCGCCAACAUGCACAUACAAUGAGUGUAGAGGAUGCAGAUUCAAAUGCCGAGCUGAGCAAGUGCCCGUCGAGGGAAACGACCCAAUCAACAGUGCGUAUCACUACAGAUGUGUGUGUCAUAGGUAAUAGCUAGCUAGCUCGCUAUUGGUAUUAGCUAGUACCACUUAUUUUUAGACCAAAUCACCACCACCACCACCAUCAUCAUCAUAAUCAUCAUCGUGCUGUUAUUAAUUUGGGGCCCAAAUUUUGGAGUUGACAGUGUGUACUGUGUAGUCAAAAGUUAGAACAAUUUUCCUUUUUGUUUCUUGUUAGCAAACACAAUUGUGUUCACUCAUUAUAUAAAUAGGUGUACCUUUCUGAUUAUUUUUGCUUGAUUAUAUAUAUGAUUAGUGUCUUAGAAUUUCGGAUA